CUCAUCGAUUCCUUUCUUUGCUUAAUUAGUUUUCUUCUCUUAGAACUCUUGUUUUAGCUUUGCUUUCGUCUGUCUAUUCUCUUUUUUAAUUGUAUUUUUAAUCUCAUCGAGAUUUUUACCAUGGCCACUGCUGAGGUUGUAUCGGUGCAAACAGCCCUCCAAGAGGAAAAACCACAGGAAUCAGUUGAGGAUAAGGAGAUCACUAGUACUGCUGCCACCACAGAAGUAGAGGCCACAGUGCCGACCGAAGAAGCGCCUCCCGCAGCCCCCGAGGAGCCGAAGGCCACCGAAACUGCUACACCGGCAGCAGAGGAGACCACAGUGGCCUCCGAUGAGCCUGCCGCGGAGGCUCCCGAGGCUGAAGCCCCAGCCGAGGAGGCCAAGGUGGUGACUGAUGAGGAGGCAACAGUUGAGGAGAAGAAAACACCUAGUGAGGAGGAGAAAAUAACCACUAGUGCUGAAGAGAAAACGACACAAGUGGAGGAGACUACUCCCAAGGAGAGUUCUAUUGAACCGGUCGAGGCUCCGGCGGCGGAGACGGCGGAAUCGGAGGUAGUGGAAGCUGAAGCUCCAAAGGAUGAUCAGGAGGCUACAGCUACUACUGUUAAGGAAGAGGAGAAAAGCACAGUUGAGGCUGAGGAGGAGAAAGUUGUCACCGAGGCCCCAGUUGAGAAAUCUGAUGAGUGAUUGAUUAGUAAGAGAUCAUGGGAAUGGUCAAUGGUGAUCUGAAUGAUCGGUUUGGAUGUUUGUGUCAAGUAGGUCUUAUUUUCCGUUGUGGAUUUCAUCUUCAUCAAGUACUUCUUCACUUAAGUCAUGUUAAUUUAGUUGGUCUAAGUAAUAAUAAUAAGAGAUAAAUAGGUAAAAUAAUGGGGUAAUAUUGUGGGACCAGGAUAGAGGGGAAGCUAAAAUCAUCAAUCACGGGGUACAACCAAUGCCUGCUUGCCACGUGGUGGACGUGCAUUGGUUUUAUUGUUAUUACAGAGAUGCCCUUGUGCUGUAAAAAUGUGGGUUUUCUUCGUCUGCUUCCUGGAAGAUGCAUGUGUGUGUUUCAGCUUUUGAUCGAAAUUAUGUUCUGUUUAUUCUAAUA